AUGUCGAGUAUAAGUGAACCCACAACUUGGUAUUUCACCGGUGGUGAACAUGAACCAUUCUUAGAGACACCCUUAAAAGAGUGUACAUCUGAGCAGAUACAAGCAAAACUGGAAUAUUUAAUAAAAAAUAUUUUGCUGCUUAGAUGCGAAUGCGAAGUAAUAGAAUUGAAUUCGAUAAAAGUACAACCCGAGCUUAUCACUUCAAACACAAUCGAUGUUUCGUGGAUGCCCUUCGUUUUCGAUGAUAUACCUCCAGUCAUUACUAAAAUCCCAAAAAUACCGAAAGAAAAGCUUCGCCUGUCCGUGAUUUUAACAAAAUCGAAUAAAUCGGUUUUUGGUACCAUGUAUAGUGUCGUUAAUAAUGCAAUUACAGUGAAUAGAAUAUCUAUACACCAAGUGAUUGCCGAGGUAGAGAAAGCCGUAAUAACCUUGGAAGAACAAUUUGAUAAAUUAAACGCCAAAAUGAUUAAGAGCCUCGAUAAAAUUGAAAUCGAAACUGAAAACAUCGAACUCGAAAUUAAUAGACAACUUCAAUACAUCGAAACCUUUAGGACAAACGUCUUGGUGGCCGGCGUUAACAAAUUAACUAAGCGCAUACCGGCCGAGAAAUAUGAGAAAUUCAUAAAAAAAAAAAUUAUGUCGAGUUCAAUAUACCUGAACGAUACAAAAUUCAAAAUAAUAGAUGCCCUCGCCGAGCAGGAGAUGCUCCGCGAAAGUUACGUGACUUCGAAACAUAUACGGAACACGGUAUUCGAAGCGGACAUGCAUAACGUCAGGAUACUGCACAAAAAACUAUUGAAAGAACAAAACGACAUAAUAGAGAAGAAUAAAAAACUUAAAUACCACCUAAGUGUCGUUCGUAAAAAUUAUUUGGUAAAAAAAUAUAAUUUUACAAAAUUCGAACAUAGUUUAGACUUAUCAACAUUAGACGCAGAAAUUAAAUAUUAUAGGAAUAGAUUACUAAGACAAACACCUAUUACUCAAAAGAUAACUGUAGAGGAAGAAAGUCACAGUAAAAAUAAGAAUGACAAAGGCGAUAAUGAUGAUGAUGAUGAUGAUGACGACGAAAACGAUGAGUACGAACUCAAUGAAACUGAAGAUGAACGGAUUAAUCACUACCUUAAACUUAAAAGAUCUAUAGAAAAGACAGAGAGGGAUAUUAAAAUGAUGAAAUUGAAAAUAGAUCGAAAAAAUAAACUUGCAGAAUUUGUGUUAUUAAUCUUAUGGAACUUUUCAAAUGCAUUAGCAACUCCAAUAUCAGGUAUAAAUAAUGAAAAUAAAUAUUAUAAUCCAAAUCACCAAUACAAUAUAUCAUGGGACUAUGAUCAGCUAAAUAAACCCGUUAUGACAUUACAAAAUUUGUAUGAUUUCAAGAUGACGUCCAUAUGGGCUUUUUUAAUAGGCAUGUUGGCGGCAUUUGGAUUUAUGUUUAUUUUUUGGAUUAUAAUUUACAAAGGAAUGUCUACAGAAACAAUUGAUGACAAUAAACAAAAACCAAAGAAGCCCGCAACGAUUUGUUCUUGCCUCAAUCGUUACUGUUGCAAGGGAAAACCGCAGGAAAAAAAAUGUCCAGCCCAACGGCAUAAAUAUCCAUUAUUUUCCUAUAAACGAUCACCAAAAAUCAUAGCAUAA